AUGAACAGAUUUCGCACCAAGAAGAGGGCGAAGGAUGAUGCCGCCUCUUCUACGCCUCGGGCCUCCCACGAAUCAGAGUCUCCCGCACCAUUCCGUUUAUUUGGCAAGGGAAAGAAAUCACAAGAAGAAGAGCCUAAGAAGGAACUGGAUCUCGAGAAUGCCUUGCCCCACAGCGAUGACUUCCGCACGAGUCUUCUCAUGACUGGGCUUUCUGCACGGUUCUCUAUGCUGAGAGAACAAGACGACCCGAACACGAAAAUCGGCAAGGCCAGCGACGACAGCGUUCUGUUUCCGAAGCGCCAGUCGAGGAUGUUAGACUUUGGCUUUGGGCCUGGUCCCAACGGACUGUCGGACAUCGCCGAGGUCGAGUCAAUCAGAAAAGAAGUGCCAUUUAACCGGAUGGAUUCUUACCACUCUGCUGAUGGUAACUCCAUCUCGGGAAGUGUCAUGGACCGAGCCAAGCCGGGAGAAGGCAACAACCUUUUUGGUGGACGCCAAAAAGUGUACAAGCUUGGUUCUGGUGCUGUUUCCACCAAGAACCUCGACGGCGGUGGCAUGAGUGGACGCGUUCUCUAUGAUGACGAUGUUGCAAAGUCAGCCUUCCAGAAAUGGAGGCAGACGGAGAAGUCUAAGCAACCAUUUGACGACGAACAGGACCAGAAGCCCUCGAGUAUCGAUCUCCCUCGCGCGGAAUCACCUCCACCGCUGGGCUACGACCGCAAGAGAGAAACCAACUCAACCACAUCAUCAACACCGUCACUAGGCCGCAAUUCCACGGCCGCCACCUCUGUCAUGUCCCAACCAACGUCAGCAGCAAAGGAUUGGCAGUCGAACCCGACGGCACCAAGUUCGGCAUCAGGCACGCCCAACCUUGACCGGAGCGUUACCCGAGCACGACGUCUUUACGAGACAGGACUCAACCAUGAUCUCCAGGAGCAACAAUCUUCGGCUCUAUCGCGAAUGGACACCCUUUCUCGGCAGCGAACUCUAGGCAGCAGGACCCCCGACCUCCAAAACGGACCUUCACCCACAAGCAGCCUCUUCAGCGAUCGUUUUGGCAAUGAGAGGAGGAUCUUGGCCAAGGGAAGCGCUCCGAACCUGCGAUCCGCCAGUCCCCCGACCAUGGGAUCGCCAAUUGUCCCCAUGGAUUUGGGCAUCAACGUGCCCACAAACUCCGAACCCAAGUCUUCCUUUGGAGGUGCACCUCCUUUGAGCCCGCCCAUCAGCGAAGGAGAGGAGAGUUCUGUUCUCCCCAGUGACCGGGGCAAGGCCACUGCUAUGGGGCUGUUCCAAAAGCCUCUUCACUCCUACGACGAGUCUAGAUAUGCUCAAAGGCAGCUCCAACUCCAGCAAGGCCGAGAGACGCCGACCAACAGGUUCCGCACAGAGUCUAACGCAUCACAAACUACCGGCCGAUCCCGUUCAUCCUCGUCGGCUCAGAGGCUGCCGGUUGAGAAACCCGAACAGAUAAUUCGUACAGAGCCGACAGUAAAGGAAGAGGAAGCUGGGCUGAGCUUUUACGACGAUUCACUUUCUCCCCAGGAUGACGCCACAAACCCAGCCGCUGCGUUCCAUGGCGCCACAAGACGCCCUGCUGAUCGCGACCAUCCCGCACUCAGGGACUUUGCCGUGCCAACACCGCUCUCAUUGAGCACCGGCGCGUCGAUUGAGCCGUCGCCCGUGUCCGAUCAACCUUUCACUGCCGUAUCCGCCGAGACGACCAGCUCGCCUCAAGACUCUCCGACGCUCCCCUCGUCCGCCGGCCUCAGCGGAAUGGUCCGCCAGCACCUGCGAACCGACAGCGCUACUUCAUCCAUCUAUGGCUCAGCGCCGCAGACGUCCAACUUUGCUUCUAGGUUUCCUCUUGAUCCAUAUGAUCCCAAGUCUAUGGCGGAUAUGGGAGUGAUGGCCAACCCCUGGGAAGUGCAGUCGCCAGACUGGGCAAACCCGACGUUCAACGAUCAGAAGGAACCGGCAGUUCCUGAGCCCACCUCGCAGCCUCAUCAAACGCUCCCAUCAGAGAACCAGCCAACCUCGGAGCGCAACACAGGGUCAAGCACCGAGAUGGAGAAGGAACACGACGAGUUUGCCAACCAACUCGCUGACCGCGCGCGCCGAGUUCGUGAGAGACUGACUUCCUACGUGGAGUCAGAUCGUGACAGCAGGUCCCUCUCACCUCACCCCGUCGAUCGUACAAGAGAGCCAUCGUUGCCCCGUCCGAACCCACUGGGCAUCUUGAGACAAAAGACGAGCCGUGGUUCUUUAAUUGAUCGCAACCGCGAGAACCGCGUCGAUAGCCAGCACUCAAAGGCCAUCAAGAUGCUUGGCCUUGCGACGUCAACCAUCAGCAGUGCUCCUAGCCCAAACAAGUCAAGCUUCGAGGAGAAGGAACCCCAGUCGCCUGUCCAGGAAGAGCGCGAGAAGCCAGCGUUCCCCAGAGCUGAGACAGCGCCAGUCCUUCCCACGCACGAGCCGGAGAAGGACAAGGAGGACGACUCCAUGCACGCUGGACUCCAGGCAUUCAGACAAGCUAGGCGACGGCUGAUGGAGGCUCAGAAGAGCCCGUCAAGUGUCCCUAUCAAUCCUGGUCAAAUGCCUGGCUCCGCAUCGGUUCCGAUAGUUGGCCCGCCUGCGUCUAGAACCGCACCUAGUCGCGAGCGCACCCCCGGUCCGCGAUCGCCAUCUCGCGAGCGCCGGCCGCCUCCUGUCACCUACCAGCAGCGGGCACCCAGUGAGGAGCCGCAACCUAACAACGGCUCUGGCCGCGCGCCCUCCCGCCCUCCUUCUCGGACUGAACGGACUGAGCGUGACCGCAGCGGCUCUGAAGCUAGCAGCGGAGACCGGCCUCAUCGCCCAGCACGCUUGCGUACCGGCACCAUCUCAUCGCCCCACGAAGAGCAGCGCGGCAUGGUACCUCCUCCGGCAAGACCUCAAAUGCUGAACUCGCCAGGCCUCCCGGGCACCAACAUUCGUCGGUCUCCGAUUAUGCCUCCUCAGCCGUACCCAGCCGGAGCGGGUCAAGGAAAGUCUCUCGAUCGGUCUGCAUCCCAGGGCAACCUGGCAGUCCAGUACCGCCGACGGGGGCCUGAAUCCGGCCAGCCUUCGCCCAUUUCCCCAAUGGCUCCCAUCCCGUCGCCGUCCAUUCCCGUCAGCCAGUCUUCACCGGCUUUUGUCCCCUCCCGCCGACCUUCCGCACCUCCUGUGCCGUCGCCCAACAUGGAGGCUGCACCUGCCAACCGCCUCGACGAGUCGAUGAAGAGAGUGGUCAGGAAGAAGGAUAUUUCUGAGCCAACCUUUGUCUCUUCAACCUCUCGCGUCCCAACUGUAGCUCUUCCUGAGACCUCAGAGUCCCGGUCCAGAAGCGGUUCUCGUUCGCGAUCUGGCAGCAUCCUCGGUGCUGCCGCCUCGACGCCAAAUCUUCACGGCAGCGUGCACGCCAAUAUCAACGCUCCGCCUCUGCCUCCGAUCAACCCGAAGCGUCGCAACAUGAUCGGUUCGAUGAUGGGCCGCCGAGGAGAUGAAGACAUGGGCGCAAGUUCCCCUCACCUGCCCUUCUCUCCUCCACCGAUUCCCAGUGAGCACGGUGGCGACAGCCACAGCGCGUUCUCUGUGAGCGACGAAGAGGACGGCCCUGGUUCCCAGCGGCGCCGCCUCCGAAAGACCAUCAGCGAAGCCAAUGGCAUGAACAUGCGUGCCCGACUGACCCGGGGCAACAGCCCUCCCAAUAUGCCUGCGCCUAUGGCUAUGACAGGGGGCUUGAACAACGGAAACAUGCCCGGCGGCAUGAUUUAA